AUGAGCCAGCCCCAGGUUGACAAGUCGUCGGUCGACUCGCUGAAGUUCAACGGGAAGUCCCUGCACUUCGCUGCGUGGAAGAGCAAGUUGAUCAUCCACCUCAGGGCGCUGAGUGAGCAACGCGCGCUCGAGGAGCUGCAGCACAAGCGUGCAAAGCCGCUGACGCGCUUCGAGGAUCUGCUCGAGAGCCAGCCGGAGCUGCCGCCACGCCCGGCCGCGGCGGACAAAGAGGCGACAUGCCUCAGCAACGCGGCAGGCGUCGUCGGGCUGGUACAGCAGUUCCUGGAGAUGGUGAACGCCGACUUCAAGAGCGUCAACAUGAACGCGCACGAGGCUCUGCACACGCACAUGAUCACGUCGAAGAUGAUGCUGGUCAUGGUGUCGUUCACGGAGGAGAGCUUCACGCUGGAGAAGGUGAGCGAGAAGCUUGCCAACAUAUUUGGCAACAAGACCAAGAGCGAAAUUAUGGCGCUGGCUAGCGGCAGGGUGGUCAACCACGUCAAGUCGAACUCAGCCAAUGGGAUUUCACGACGCACCUGGGCGUCGUUGAUCGGACCGUCUGCGGCCUUUCGCUUGCCUAGAACGGAUCCCUUCGGAUUUGUUGGAUCCGUCUUGGCUGGGGUAGUCGUGGCGGUAGACGCGUGCGACCCGCAGCAAGAUUCGCUGCCCGCGACCCCGGAUGGGUACACGAGCCCGCCCCCAAGCAACUUUCAGCAGCCUGACACGCCGGGAAAGGGCGCUUCGCCGAUGAGCGACGAAGACGAGCCAAUGGAGAGCGUCGUCAACGCCGUGAAAGCUGACGCUUCGGGCACGGCUCCAGCCGCCGCUAAGCAAUCGGACGACGACGUGGACAUGGAAGGAGGGCAGCAAUCCAGAGAUUCCCGAGGCGACGAAGAGCUUCGCCGGCAUGCUGACUGA